GCCGUCCCCCCGCCGUCGCCGUCGCCAUCGGCACCGCCCGCCACACCCCGCCUCACCGCCCUGCGAACAGCCAAGCCGUUCUCCGCCUUCCUGACGGACCGCUUCUCGCGGCAACACAACUAUCUCCGCAUCAGCAUCACGGAGCGCUGCAACCUGCGGUGCCUCUACUGCAUGCCAGAGGAGGGGGUGGCGCUCUCGCCCGCCGCGCACCUGCUCAGCACGCCCGAGAUCCUCGAGAUAGCGCGUAUAUUCGUCUUGCAGGGCGUGACCAAGAUCCGGCUCACGGGUGGCGAACCGACGGUUCGCCGCGAUGUCGUCGAGCUGGUCGAGGCCCUGGGCGGUCUGAGGGAGCUGGGCCUCAGGGAAAUCGCCAUGACGAGUAAUGGCGUGGCCCUCUCCGAGAGGAAGUUGCAGCGCAUGGUGGAUGCUGGGUUGACGGCGUUGAAUUUGAGUCUGGACACGCUAGUGCCAGCGAAGUUUGAGUUUAUGACCAGGCGGAAGGGGUUGGAGAGGGUGUUGGGAGUAGUCGAGCACACUGGCAGGAUGGGGUUUGGAGCGGUCGGCGGAGAGGGGACCAGGACGUUGAAGAUCAAUGUUGUUGUCAUGAGGGGCGUGAAUGAGGACGAGAUUGUGGAUUUUGUCGAGAUGACGAGGGGCAAAGAGCUCGAGGUCAGGUUCAUUGAGUACAUGCCGUUCGAUGGCAACAAAUGGGCCACCAAAAAGAUGUUCCCAUUCGCGGACAUGCUCUCGACCAUCCGGGCCAAAUACCCCACAUUCACCGUCCUUCCCCAGCAGCGCCCGAACGACACGGCAAAAACCUACCACGUCCCCGGCUUCGCCGGCAAAAUUGGCUUCAUCACCAGCAUGACCGAGAACUUCUGCGGCAGCUGCAACCGCCUGCGCAUCACCUGCGACGGUAACAUCAAGGCGUGUCUCUUCGGGAACGAGGAGGUGUCGCUCCGCGACAUCAUCCGGCAGUACAGGGCUACGGACGAGGCGGUGGGCGCGGGGAGGGAUAGGGACGCGAUGGAGAGGAUGCUGCUACAGGCUAUUGGCGGUGCGGUCGGCAGGAAGGAGGAGGGACAUAAACCCGCUGAGGAGAUCGCCAGGGGCGAGAAUAGGCCCAUGAUUUUGAUUGGUGGGUAG